GUAAAGCAAGUUUGCAUCAACAGUGCGGCUUGGCGUUUGGGCGGGAGAAGGCGUUAUUAGCACACACAAAGAACCAUCGUGAUGACCAGCCACAUGAGUGCAACCAAUGCAACGAAAUGUUCUGGGAUGCAAACAGCUUGCAGGAGCAUUUUAAAACGCAUCAUUUUGAGGAUAGCAAUUCAGAGUAUGAUCCUGAUGAAGCGGAGGCGGAAGAAACACAAACUGAAUCUGAAUCAGAGCGCUUGUUCGGAGAGUUCUACUGUAGCGAAUGCGGCAUGUCGUUUCACCGUGAAGAUUUGCUACGGCGUCACUCUAAAACGCAUACAAAAAGCAGUGUUGAAGUUGACCCAGAGAAUGAAAAGGAUCGGCACUGUUGCAACACUUGCGGUGAAACUUUUGCCGAAGCAUUAGACCUGUUGGCACAUGCGGAAAUUCAUGCGCGGUAUCCACCAUUUAAAUGUGUUCUUUGUGGCGAAACGUUUUUUGAUGAGCUGUCUAUAAAACGCCAUCUGCAGACAGUACAUCCGCAUGACAUGACGCCCAACUCGUGUAUUCUUUGUGGCAAACAAUGCCGCGAUCGUAAAGCUUUAAUAAAACAUGCCUGGGAUCAUUCGCGCGAAAAGUGCCAUUCAUGUUCGAAAUGUGGCAAGAACUUUCAUAAUAAAGCACGUCUGAAACGGCAUAUGGCAUCUCAUCGCGAUAAGUCUGUCACGUGCGAUGUCUGUCACGAAGAGUUUCCUGAUGGUCGAACGCUUUCUAAUCAUCGCCACUCGCACACCAAUUCCUCAGGAAAAAUGUUCCCAUGCCAUGAAUGUGGAAAAACGUUUGGUUCGCGUAGUUCACAACAGAUACAUGUGCGUAUACACACUGGUGAAAGGCCAUAUGGAUGCCGCUUCUGUUGGAAGGCCUUUGCUGAUGGCGGAACCCUACGCAAACAUGAACGCAUCCAUACGGGCGAAAAGCCUUACGCGUGUUCGGUGUGUUCUCGUGCCUUCAACCAACGUGUUGUACUGCGCGAGCACAUACGAUCACAUCACUCUGGUUUGGACGUGAAGCGAAACACUUACUAUUGUACAGUGUGUUCCAUGGAUAUGUCAUCAUCAAGCGAUCUAGUUCAACAUCUAAUACAACAUAGCGAUAUGAACACUGCCAUGCAGAGGCAACCAGUAACUGGCCCUCGUAAAUACAAAAGGCGACGAAAACUGAAGCCACAUGAGAUUGCUCGUUUGCGCAGGGAGAGUCAACAGAACCCGAAUGGCAGUGAUAUAGAAAUUUCGGACUUUGAUAUUGACAAUGUAGAUGAUCUCCUUGGCAUUGCAGAUCCCCCUGCGCCCACAAAAACUUCCUUAAAAUCCAAACGUGGCAAAGCUAAAAGUAGCAAUAACAAUUCGUUGACAAACGCCACUGAUGCCAGUGUUAUAUUGCCAGAUAAUGAUUUACUCAUGGAACGCCCCAGAAAGCCGCGCUACAAAUCAACUGGCAGUAAUUCAGAUACAAUAUGGCAAAACAAGCUCAUUAAUUCUAACUCUGUGCUAUCGAAUUUGGAAAACACUCUACAAACUAUCGAUGCACUGGUUGUGGGCUCUUCGGGCAGUACAUCACACUUAGAUGCCGAAGAACGCAGGUCGAGAUACAAAUCGAACAUGGAGAUUAAUAGCAGUGGCUCGCAGCGCACACAGGAAGUGCAAAUAAGCAAAGGCCAAGGGGGAAGUAAAGCUCGUAAGCGACCAGAAAAAGCAACAGUAUCAAACAAAACAAGUCGCCCGCGUAUGAUUCAUACCGAAAAGUGGUCAGCUGGUAAUAAUGAAAGUGGUCGAAAACGUUCUAAAACAAUUGUAACCAAAAAACAAGAUACAAGUUUAGAUGUAUUACGUUCCUCUACAAUAAUUGUCGACGACUAUGAAAUUAUUACACCCACCACUGAGUUACCUAAGCAAAUUAGUUCGAGUCCGGCCCAUAUUAAAGAAGAGAGGACACAAGAAGCUUAUCAACAUCAGCAACACCGCAUACAAUAUAGCUCACAUCAAACAAGUUCUUCAAGGAAUAUUGAUCUAUAUGAUACACAGUUUCUCGGUGGCACUGCUACGCUGCGUAAAGAAGCCUACGAGAAGUUCAAUCCCAGCAUUGUUAAUGAUUUGGAAGAAAUUUUACGUUCGCCUAUUAAAUGUGAUCGCACCGAGCGUCACCGCUUCAUCAGUGAAUCGUCCACACAAUUCCUCGAAGAGGAGCAACACAACAUGAUAAAAAUCGAGCCAACAUCACCGGAUUUGCGUGAAAUUGUUGUUGGUGUUAGCGACACUGCGGGCGUUAGUGUAAGUGGUGGCAGUGCAAGCGGUAGUAGCAAUGAACGUCGUUGUAUUCGUACCGCUCGUAGUCGCGCCGGUGCUGUUAAUCGCAAAUAUCUUGAAUUCGAAUCGGAAUUGCCACGAAAUGGUGCACUUCGAACUCAAAAGCGUAGCGCCGCAACUAUCAGUAGCGGUAGCACUUCGAAGAAUAAGCAAGCCAGGAAUAAUAGACGAGAGAAAGGAGAUGGUUCCAUGAGCAGCCAAAAAAGAACUCGGACAUAUCCUUCCUCUUAUAGCUUAGACGGUUUCACUAAAUCAUCCGGUAGUGGUUCACUUAAUACCAGCAAUGACUCAUCUUUCUCUUCACUUUCGCCGUCUAAUGGUGUGGGUGGAGCAGUGGCGAUAUCUGCUGGUGCAACAUCGGCGGCGGCGUCUCCAAUACUACCCGGGCGUAAACAACGUUAUUUCGAGUGUGAGAUGUGUUCGGCCGUUUUUCCAGACCGGGCGCAGCUGCUGGACCACGUGCCUAUACAUAUAUAAGAUUUUUAACAUUUUCUUUAUGCUGAAUUGAAUAUCGGGUAUGAGGUUUCCGAAAAGCGUUACAAUUCAAAAUGAAUUUACUAAACGCAUACCAUACCGUUGUACAAGUGACUUUUAGUUGCAUUGAAAUUUAUGCAAAACUAUACAUUUUAGAUAAUAUUUUUUUUUAAUAAUACUAUUAA